AUGUCCUCUGACGGAAUGACAGUCCCAUUUGAUGGCAUCAAGCCAAUGAUUGACCUCUUGAAUGAAUCUGUUGUGUCAACCUUGUCGGCUUUCGUUGCUGAUACUUCGUCGGCGUUUGUCACACACGAGCCUGGACCAAUCUGCUUACAGAAAAAACAGGUUCACGAACCAUAG